AUGGGAAUUUUGGAAGACAACAACCAUUCCUUGAUAAAUGAGUUUGUCCUUAUUGGGUUUUCUGAUAGUCCUUACCAAAACAUAUGUUUAUUUUUUGUGUUUUUAAUUAUUUAUAUUGUUUCUAUAUUGGGAAACAUUGGGAUCAUUUAUCUUGUCUGUACCAAUAUAAGGUUCCAUACACCCAUGUACUUUUUUUUGAGCAACCUCUCUGUUGUAGAUCUUGUGUAUGCUUCAGACAUUGCUCCAAAGAUGCUUGUAGGCCUGUAUUUCAGUAGGACACCUAUUUCUUAUGUUGGUUGUGCCAUACAACUCUUCAUUUUCUGUGCUCUGGGAAGUACUGAAUGUGUCCUAUUUGCUGUUAUGGCUUAUGACCGUUUUGUGGCCAUCUGUAACCCACUGAGCUACAACCUGAUAAUGCAGCAUAAAACAUGCUUGGGAUUGAUGCUUGGAGCUUAUAGCACUGGAUUUCUUCAUUCUUUAAUAGAGACUUGCUGCACAUUCCAUCUUUCCUUCUGUGCUUCAAAUGUUCUCCAUCAUUUUGUGUGUGAUUUCCCUCCAUUAUUAAGUAUCUCUUGUACAGACACCACAAUAAAUGAAAUGAUUCUAUUCAUUUUUUCAUCUUCUGUCACUGUGCCUUCCAUUGUGGUAAUUCUUGGAUCUUAUAUGUCCAUUUUCAUAGCUAUUCUAAAAAUAACAGCUCCAGAAGGAAGACAAAGGGCCUAUUCUACAUGUGCAUCCCAUAUCGUGGCAGUAACACUACUUUAUAGUACAGUACUGUAUGUGUAUCUCAGUCCAAAAUCUCCAGCCUCUAGAGAUAAUGUAAAUAUGGCAACAGUGUUUUAUACUGUGGUUUUACCUAUGUUAAACCCAUUGAUUUAUAGUUUAAGAAAUAAAGACAUUAAAUUAGCUAUAAUACAAUCAUUCCAAAGCAUACUUUGA